AAUCUGUUGUGCAAACUCAGAUAUAUGUCUUACAUGUCUGUAUGUGUGAUUAAAAACAACAAUUUGUUUAAAUAUAAAACAAAACAAUUUUACAUUUUAGUACUCGAAAUAGAAACGAAACUGAGUAUUUCAUGCAGUACCCUAAAAAUAGAAGUUAUGCUCAUUCACUGGAGUGAAGUAUUAUAUUUCCACGCGGCUUUUCCUGUUUGUGGUCGACUUUAUUAACAAAGUUCCAUCCUUAUUUGCCCCAAACUUACUUUUUGUUUCGCAUAAUAACUCUGCCCUUUUUAAUAAGUACAGUUUUAUGUUAUCGUGGUACUGUUAAUGACAGUUUUCUGUUAACUGACUUCGUUGGAAUAUAAAGGGUCCAGGUGCUACCAAGACAAUGGCCCGCAUCAACGAAAACGGAAAUGUCGUUGGUACAAUUAUAGUCAAUUGUGAAGGGUUCCCCGAGACAACGACCCUGGACAGUCUGACAGCUGCAACGUACUCAACACACAUGCGGAACCUUUCGCAUCAUGCCAACAACUCUCUCAAAGAAAUUGAUGUGACUGAUGAACUGGUUGUACUGAGGCUGGUCUCCAGAAAGACAGAAGCUGUGGUUACGCCGGACCACGAGUUUCAUCUCAUCGCCGUAAUGAGGCGUACAUGAAGCCAAUCAAAG